GAACCUGAAAAUAUAACCCUCGAGAUUAAGGAAGGAGAACCACUGAACAUCACUUGCCGUGCCAGAAUGAGGACGGAAAGUACAUCUGUCAUGUGGCUGAAAGACAACCGACUCAUCGAGAAAGGACGAAACAGAUUCCUCUUCAUUCAAAGUAUAAAUAAAUCACAAGCUGGAAGCUAUAUGUGUGUUUCAAUGUCCCAAUUCGGAGAUCACAGCCCGUCUUUUACUGCUGUUGAUGUUCUAUGUAAGUAUUUUGAAGUGUGCCUAACUCAUCGGUUGCUAGUUUAAAGUGAAGCCUCUAUUUUCUAACAAGAGAAUCCCGCUAUCCAUCCAUAGAUUUUCCCAUAAAAUUAAUGCACUUUUGAAACAUACCAGGUACUAUUUGAUGCAAAAAUUUCACACUAGGCCAUAGAAGAACCGAUUAAGCCCGAGGAGUGUUUACCCUUGUGUAAAUUUUUGUCCAAACAGUUUUCCUUCUUUCAGAUGCACCGAAAAUAAUCAACCCUAAUAAAAAAGUGGCUUUGGAGUUAACAAGAGGAAAUUCAACCAGGCUUAAAUGUACAGCCGAUGCAAAUCCUUCCCCGACUUUCACUUGGUACACGCACGAUGGAGAGAUUACGCAAGGCUUUUCACAUACCUCAAACUCAAGUUCCUUGAUAGUCACUCCCAUAAAUGAUAGGGACUUUACAAGUUACAUAUGUUUAGCAAGCAAUAAGAUAGCGGUUGACUCGGUGAUGUUCACGUUGCACGAAAAGGGUAAG